AUGGCCACGACUAGGGCCAUGGCCCAAGUUGGGUCCGCCCAUGAUCAAGUCCAAGUUGCUGCAGAAGGGAGCAAGCAAAGGGAGAUGAAGUUCAGAGUCGUGUGCAGGAAGCUGUAUGACUACGUGCGGUACGACCUCAAGGAGAUCGCCUUCCCGUCGUCGCUGCCGGACCCUCCUCACAUCAAGAAGCGGCCCAAGCUGACAUGGCAUGAACACUGGUGCAUCCUCAAGGAGGCCACCCGGCUGUACGCUGCGUCAUGGGUCCGGGACAUCGGCCCCGACCUCAGGCCCAACGACUACAAGAAGGCAGCCGAGGACGAGGAGCAGUCGUCCAAUGGCAGCCCCAGCUCUGGCACUGACAAGAAGUGGAAAGCGAGCAGCGAGCCAAGUUUGCUGGAGGACCUCGCUGUUGCCGCUAGGGGCGGCGCGGAGACGCUGAAGCCUGCUCUGCGGCGGAUCUACAUGACCCGCGCGUCCACGUACACCGACGCGAUGAAGAAUUUCGUAGAGACGUACCAGGAGGGGCUCAAGGACCAGCUGCAGGAGAAGGCUGAUGGUGGAGAAGGUGGUGGUGGUGGUGGUGGUGGUCGUCAGCUGCAGCAGGGCGAUGAGGCAUCAAAGCCACCGGCACCAUGA